AACAAACAUACUGUUGCACUUUGUGCUGGCUCAGUUUAUUUAGCCUCUGACCGAAGCGUGGAAUAAAUUUGUUCUCCACAGGCAUGGCUGCCUUCUCUGUUUUUUUCCUCUUUUGGGUUCUGCUACAGCAAAAGCUACAUAUCUUUGCAGGGCCAGUGUUUCUGGAUAAGUGGGAGGCAGAUGCUGUCUUUCAGAGGUACAAGCGUGCAAAUACUGGUGCUUUUGAGGAGUUUUUUCAAGGGAAUUUGGAAAGAGAGUGCAUCGAGGAGCUGUGCACUGUGGAGGAGGCCAGAGAAGUCUUUGAAAAUGAUGAGAAAACAAUGGAGUUUUGGUCAGGUUAUGUUUAUGCAAAUCAGUGUAAAUCAACACCAUGUAAAAACCAGGGCACAUGUGAGCACCAAAAAAGCACAUACAUAUGUCACUGCCGACCAGGUUUCACUGGAGAAAAUUGUGAAAUAGUGACUGUCAGGAAGUGUGACAUAAACAACGGAGGCUGUAUGCAUUUCUGUUCAACACUGGAGACUGCGGCAGUUUGUUCCUGUGCUACUGGGUACAAACUGGUUGAGGAGGUUAAAUGUGUGCCUGAAGUGAAGUUCCCCUGUGGUGUUAGAGAAUUGAGCAAAAAGGUCGUUGUGAGAGCUUUAGGCUCCAAAUCGACUAACAAGACAGAACCUGACAGAAGUGUUACACAGCUGAGAGUUCCCAUUACCAACAAAACCAUAAGCCAAACGAAGGUCAAAAUCACAUCUUCUCGAUCAAAACUACCCAUGUGGUACCAUAACACCACAGAGCAGGUCAGCAACAGGACUCGGAUCAUUGGUGGAGACUUGGCAACGCCUGGAGAAAUUCCCUGGCAGGUGGCCUUGGUGCUGCGCGCCACACAGCAGGUGUUCUGUGGAGGAUCUAUUCUAAGCGCAAAGUGGGUGAUCACUGCAGCACACUGUAUAGAAGAGAGCAAGCAGAGAGAUUUCUUCAUCAGAGUAGGUGAGCAUGAUGUCAACAGGAAAGAAGACACAGAGCAGGACAUAGCAGUGGAGAAGGCCAUAAUGCACCCUCGCUAUGACUCAUCCACUUCCUUAUACAACCAUGACAUUGCUCUUGUGUAUCUACGCGGCUCCAUCCUGUUCAACAACCACGUGCGGUCUAUCUGCCUCGGACCCAGCAGCUUUAGCGAGAGCCUGCUUCAGUCCGGCACACCGGCCACUAUUAGUGGUUGGGGACGGCUGCUGUUUCAAGGGAGAACUGCAGAAGUCCUUCAGAUAGCUGAAGUGCCCUAUGUGGAUAGGAGCAAUUGCAAGGAGAGCAGCAGUGAGCGGAUCACACACUUCAUGUUCUGCGCUGGCUAUAAAGACGCAUCAAAGGAUGCGUGCCAGGGGGACAGUGGGGGACCCCAUGCCAACCAGUAUCAAGGAACAUGGUUCCUUACUGGCAUUGUUAGCUGGGGGGAGGAAUGUGCCAAGAAAGGAAAGUAUGGUGUAUACACACGGGUAGGCAACUACUACAAAUGGAUACAGUUUGUAAUGGGGAUCACCAAAAAGAAGCCAGCUAAUGAUGUUGAGUUAUAAUUUGAAGGUUUUUUGUUUCUCUCUCUGAUUAUUAUUUUUUUUUGCAAGAAUUGGAUUUUUACUAAGCAGUAAUUUCAACAAGGGGGUCCGGUGGCUAGCAUGUUUGCCUCACACCUCCAGGGUUGGGGGUUCAAUUCUCACCUCCACCAUGAGUGUGGAAUUUGCUUGUUCUUCUUGUGCCUUCAAGGUUUUCUCCAGGUAUUCCCCCAGUCCAAAGAGAUGUGUUGUAGGCUGUAAUGUAUGGGAUUGUGCCCUCUUUAAGGAGUUUUGUGGGAGUUACUGACCACUAAAUAUGAAAGGUUUCUUAAUUAAUUGUAGCUUUUAGACUUCUGCCACCUUUCCUUGAUACAGACUGAAAAAAGCAUGUACAUACAGCCAUCAGAUAGCGUCCUAUAUUUUCAUUAGUUGAUCACUAGAAUAUUUUCUGAAUAGGGCAAUGUUAAUUUAAGGCGUAAACUGGAUUGAUUUCCUUAUGUGCGAAGUACAAAUAAAACCUCUAUUAACACUGAACAUUUAGUUGUACUUGAUGAUGACAGACAAAAUACAAAAAUGUACUUAGUAUUUCUUCAAAGAGAGCAUAAAAACAGGACAAGAUUCUAAAUGCAUAUCGUGCAACACCCCUCUACCCAUCCCCUCCUCUUCCCUCCCUACUGGACUGGCAGAAAUCACUUGAUAAAUUCAUCUCACAGAGCCCGAAAAGCAAGCCGUGCUGCAGCUUUGAACUCGCACACUUCAGAGGAAGAGAAGAAAUGUGGUAUGCUGAGAAUAUCUGAGACUCAAAGCCUACUUUUUGAUUGUGUGUGCCUAAAAAGACUCAUGGCCCAGUUCUGAAAAAACGCUGGAUCUCCCCCAUCGCCGAUCAAGGCCUUUCAACCAUUUCAGUGGCUUUUGAGAGAGAGAGAGAGAGAGAGAGAGAGAGAGAGAAAGAGAGAGUGGUGUAGAAC